AUGGCAUGUGCAGUUUUGGACCAAUCAAAAGGGAGAUAACGUGUAAUUGUCUAUAAUUUACGUUUGAAUAAUAUUUUUCCGUCGACCUUGAGUCAGCGAAUAAAACAUUAGGUUCGAGACAUUUAAAUAGCCACAGCUGAUUGUAGUUGAAAAUAUCAAUGCUAAAUAGUUGUUGUCCUGGGCAUUGGUCGAUAGAUAUAAAUAAGUUGUGACAGGCAAGGUGAGGUCGCCCUUCACUCAUAAGACCCACUGGCGUAUAUGUUUUCAAAAUAAUGGGAGAUUUUCUUGGUCACGCGGUGCCCGGUGCUAUGUUUCUUUCGUUAUCGCUUUGGUGGUUCUUGGGUACUCUGAUCCGAACACAACACCGCAUCAGAGACACAAGAGGCCCGUAUCACUCGAACGGUCCAGUGAAAGCAAGAUUAAAAUCACACGCGUACGCGCCCGUUUGGUUCCAGUGUCCCGGGAAAACGCUUUCGAAAAUCCCCAUAGAACCCUUCGUGAAGGUCGUUUUAGCAAUUAUGGGUGUUCUUGGAGAGCUCGUCUUGAGUAAGGCGUGGACUUUGAUCAACAAAGAUGGAGAAUUCGUAGCCGAGAACCUAAACAAUCACAGUCAUACAGCCAUGUACUGUUUCUUCGGAUUAUCUGGCGUAGUUGAUCUUAUGAUGUGGUACAACGUAAUGCCGUUACUGCCAAAGUGUGAUUAUUUGAUCUUUUCAGCGUGUUUUUGGGUCGAAGGAUUUCUGUUCUACUUCCAUCUUCACGGCCAUUCGGAAAUCAGCGUUCGUUUACACACGAUUCUCUACAUCAUAAUAUUUGUCACCGCCGCAGCGUUCCUAGUUGAUGUCUUUUUAACGAGACAACAAUCGCUGUUUGCCUUAAUGAGGGCUAUUUUGUUAGGCCUCCAAGGGACCUGGUUUCUACAAAUUGCUUUUGUUCUCUACGGUCCAAAUCCGUGGAAAAACACACCAAGUAAUGUGGAAUUUCUGACCGUGGCUUUCGCUUGGCAUCUGUUUGUUUUCCUAGCAGUAGCGCUUAUUCUCAUUGCCAUGUUUAAUCGAUUUUGCGGGAAAAAAUACACAACAGAUAAUCAAUUAGUAGAGACGAUUUCUGACGAAGAGGCAGAGAGAAUUCUUUUGGAAAGUUCUUGACAUCGAGACAAUAAGAGCGGGAAAAUUAGAUCAUUUUUCUUCAAAGCGCGGAAUUAAAAACUAAACCAUGCCAUGUAUCUCAUACAUAACGCAAAAAAGAGAUCGCUAUCAAUUGGGCCACCUGGUGAUUUUUAUAAAGUCCACAGCAAUCUAUAUUCA